GGAGCGGGUGUUGAACCGGUGAAAGGUGACGUAAAAGCGCACGGGGUGGGGCGCAGGGCUCGGGACGUCAAAGCCCUGCGUCCUUCGGCCCCCAGAGCGGAGAAGCGCGCAAGGCAGCGGUGACAGCGGCGACGGCAGCUGCGACAGCAACCCCUACUGGGCCGAAACUGGGCAGAGCGGAGCAGACGUCUGAAGCAGCGCGAGUGAGGCGCGAGGGUAGCGCCCGCGCCCGGGAAGACCCCUCGGCGCGAACCGGCAGCCCAGCCCCGGGUCCCGGUUCCCGAGGCCCCGCCUCUAGGGCCUGGGGACUAAUCGGAUUGAGAGCGCGCCGGCCCGGGCCGCGAACUCGCCAAUUGCGGAGGGCGGUGGCCACCGCCCAAUCCGGAGCAGACAGGUGCGAGGUCCGGAAGGCGGAGGCCAAUCGGCGGCGGUUGCGACCUGCUGGGGCAGGUCUCGGCCAAUAAGGAGGCUCGAGUGACAUCUUCGCGCACCAAUCGGGAGUGAGGGAGCAUUCGUGCCCGCUCGCCCUUCCGGCCAGACCUCUAUUUACCAGGGGCGUGCAGCCCGCUUGCCAAUCAGAGCGCGGCUGAGCGGCCCCGCAGCCAACCCCCGAGGAGCGGCCGGCUGGCGUCCGCCGCGCCCAGGAGUUGGGGAUGUCCUACAAGCCCAUCGCCCCUGCUCCCAGCAGCACCCCUGGCUCCAGCACCCCUGGGCCGGGCACCCCGGUCCCUACAGGAAGCGUCCCGUCGCCGUCGGGCUCAGUGCCAGGAGCCGGCGCUCCUUUUAGACCGCUGUUUAACGACUUUGGACCGCCUUCCAUGGGCUACGUGCAGGCGAUGAAGCCACCCGGCGCCCAGGGCUCCCAGAGCACCUACACGGACCUGCUGUCAGUCAUAGAGGAGAUGGGCAAAGAGAUCCGGCCCACCUAUGCUGGCAGCAAGAGCGCCAUGGAGCGCCUGAAGAGAGGUAUCAUCCAUGCCCGGGCCCUAGUCAGAGAGUGCCUGGCAGAGACAGAGCGGAACGCCCGCACGUAACAGGAAGCGCCUCGGCCUCAGCGUCUGGACCUAUCCGGCCACUGCAGAGCACCCGCUUCUCCCUGGCCUUCAUCCCGAGUUGCACUAACCAUCCUGGGCUUCCUGUCCUGUGUCCCUUGGUGGGUCCCCUCCAGGAACCAAGGAGUGGCCCUCCAGGUGGCAGCACUAAGGACACCCCCCCACAACAAGAGUUAGCAGCGAGGUCCCCAUGAGUCCCACCCAUGACCUGCCGACAGUGUUGCCCACCGGAACUUUCUGUGGCCCCUACCGCUCAGCCCUUCCCAGCACUUCUCCCACUUUGUCCCGAGCCUCCUUCUCCCCCAGCAGGGGCUCAGGCCUGGCACCUCCCUGCCUUGUGUCCUGAGCCAUAGUGACUCUUUUAUCUGUGUGUCUUUUGCUAAAUAUGCCCUUUUUAUAUUAAUAAAAGAUGAUUUGGAGUUGUGCUCUCAGCUCUGA